AUGGGUUGGAAUACCGAAAUGGGAUGUACUGCCACCAAAGUUGCACCGAAUCCGCUCGAGUGCUUGGGAAUGGAUGAUCGUCUUUUCCGUGUGUUUCCAUCUACAAUUCAACCGAUGUUCAAUUUGACAAUCGUCCAUUCUUACGGAGCAGAUUGUAGGCGACAUGGUACAGAUUCAUCGGAAGAGACCCUUCAAUGCGCCGAACUUGAUGAGAUCGCCAAGGAGGAAAACGUCAAAAUUGCCAUGAAGGAGCAAAUGGAGUUUGAAGACGUGGAAAUGCCAGUCCGAUUGAGAAGGGGGCUUUCUGAGAUGCAAGUCGUGGAUAUCAACCUUUCGGUGGAUGCUGCUGAAAAAGCAUUGCGAAUCGGCAAAGUGGAUAUCGAUACUGAUGGUGUGAACAACGUUUCAGUACAACCAAAUAACCAUUUACUAACUCUUCCCUUUUUUCUUGCCCUUCUCCUCCCAUCGCAGAACGUCGACCACAAGCUGAAGCUGCGCUCCAAGAAGGGACAACUGCCAUUUGUCGAGGUCAAUGGUGAGGAAAUCGCCGACUCGGCCAUCAUCAUCAAGGAGCUGGCCCAGCGCUACGAGAAGGACCUGGAUGCCGCCCUGACCCAGGAACAGCGAAACAUUGCUCACGCCAUGAUUUCCAUGCUGGAGAACCACCUCAUCUGGGUGCUGCUGUUCUGGCGCAGCAAAAACCCCGACCAGAUGAUCAAGGGCUACAAAGUGAACCUCCAGCACGCCCUCGGAAGCCGACUGCCCAACGCCGUGCUCAACUUCCUGUUCAAGUUCCAAUUCGGGCGCAAGGGAGCCAAAAAGGUGAAGGCCCAAGGUCUCGGUGUGCACAAGCCCGAGGAAAUCGAAGAAUUCGGCAAGCAGGAUCUGAAGGUGCUGUCCGAACUGCUGGCCGACAAGCCGUUCUUCUUCGGCGAUGAACCCACCACGCUCGAUUGCGUCGCAUUCUCCGUCCUGGCCCAGGUCCACUACAUUUCCGACGAGGUCAAGUACGCCCUGAAGGAGUACAUGCAGGAGAACUGUCCGAACCUGGUGGGACACGUAUCCCGAAUCAAGGAACGCUGCUUCCCCGACUGGGACGACAUCUGCACGAAGCUAGAUCUGAACGCGCAUCUGCCCAAGCCAGAGCCAGAGACCAAGGAGAACAAGGAAGGUGCCGACACCGAGAAGACCGCCGAGCAGGACAAGAACGAAUCGGAGAAGGAACUCGAGAAGGACAACACCAACGAGAAGACGGAGAAGAAGGAGGAAAAGCCGGAAAAGGCCGCGGUGGAAGAGAACAAAGAGAAGGAGGAAGCUGCCGCCAAAUAAGUUGGCAGUCGGUAGACAAGACGUGAAUCUGUUCGCUUAUUUUUAAAAUGAUUAACGCAGAUUUUUCUGUUUGUUUAGUUUCUUUUCCACACUAUUCAUUGGCGCUGAUUUAGUUUCGUUUUCUUUUUUAUUAGUUUGGACUUGCGUCUAGUUGACAAAUUGAUUAGAUUCGUGUAUUUUUUGUUCAUUAUCGUAAAGUUUUUUUACCAGUAAGUGAAGCGGAAAACGAAACGGGAAAGUUCUAUUACACGGAUAGAAUGCAUUUUUCGUGCGAUUGUUAGUAGGUUUUCUUCUACUACGGUUGGUUUUCCUAGUCGCGUGUAACGGACUGUAACGAAUGCGUAAAUUCUUGACUAUUGAUAAAAACUUUUCGAAUACUUGUGCUUAUUUGAAAACGAAAGCAGGAGUUGGAGAAGAUCAAUAUAACGAUUCAAAUAUAGGUACACGUGUGCAAUUUUGUACAAUUUUUCGUGGAAACGCCCCGUUUUGCGACGACGACCACAAUGGUGUAGAGAAGGAAACAUCCGGUGAUGAAGAGCGGAGAGGGAGAUAGAAACACAGCAGAAGAAGAAGGGUCGUAUAUGUAGUUUGUUUUAUUUUUUUCAUUUUAGUAGAAAAAUUUCUAGCAGACGUAACAAAUUAGAGGAAUGAGAGAAAAAUCGAAAAAGGAGGUCAAGAGACAAUGUGUAAUGUUCACUGCUUAAGCUAUUCUUACGUUUAGAGUUUCAGUUUUACUUUAGUUUUUUUUUUAGAGUUAAGGUAAUGUUCACGACAAUUACUACAGAAAUACUCAAAAAAUCAAUCAACAACUAUUCACAAGACGGAGGUUGGUCGACGUACUGAAGCGUGCCAAUGGUUUCGCUUAGAGUGCGUCGGAUCAGGUUUGAGAAAAAGAAUUGGAACAUCUGUUUUUGACACUCUCUGCUUGUAGUAAUACAACCUAAUGAAAGGGAAUGUAAUAAUAGUUUAUUAUUACUAUUAUAUAUUUUUAUAUAUUAUAUUUUCGUAUAUAUUUAUAGUAUUUUAUAUCAAUUUUAUGUAUAGUACAGUCUCUCUUUCUCUUUAUGUUAGUUUAAGGUUAAUGCAAAGAAAAAGAAGAAGAAAUCAACAUGGUCGGUUUUCCAAAUUUAUGUUUUGUACAAAAUUUUGCGAAGUGAAGAAAUUUUCCCAUGUUUCUUCCCAGGACGUUUUUAUUCUUCAGAUUGAAGCUAAAGAGUAAAAACCAGGCGCCGGGAAAAUUUCCUUACGAGGAUCACAUUUCGUUUUUGUUUUGAUCAACGCACGCACCACUUUAGAAGAAGAAGGAAGAGAACAGCACGAAAAAACGGUUGCAAUCUUACACGAACAUCUCGAGAGCAAACAGUAGAAACGGCAAAUAUCUCAAAACAUUCUAAUCAAUAUGUGUUUCUUUUCAUAUUUUUAAUGAAAUAGAGUUUAGGCGCGUAUAUUUCGUCGAUCGAUUUAGUUUCUCUUCUGCUUACAAGAGGUACAACACGUUCUUCAUCAUAUUCCUUCUCUUUCCCGUUCACACACACCCAAACACAAACACGAAUCGUACAAUAGUUGCCGGAGAAAAACAAUGCUACACUUUGAAAUAAUUUAAAUCAAAUCGAAUAAAAACCCACAUCUCCCCCUAGAGCAUAAGUAAGUGGAUUCCGCGCUGUUUUCCAAUAAUAUCGAAAGAAGAAUAAAAUAAAUUACAAUUACAACACAAGCACACAGAGAGAGACAUUCAUUCGCGCCCCUCACACAUACCCACACAGAAAUGCAGAGAAAGUUGCGAUUAUUUAAGGAUAAAUACUCUGAUGAAUAAAGAAUAAAACAGUGAUAAUAAAACAA